GGCAGCAGCCGCGGGGAGUGUCGGGGCUCGGUGCUGGUCGCCCCAAGGGAGCCGCGGCGCCUUCCCGGAGAGGUGCGGAACUUUAGUUCCACAUGGGAGAGAGCCCUGCGCUCUGAGGGCAGCACAAACCAGGAUGGGAGAGAGCCUGGGCACCCUUGCGCUCUGAGGGCAGCAGAAACCCCAAAAGGAGAAGGAUGGGAGAGGGCCUGGGCACCCCUGCGCUCUGAGGGCAGCACAAACCCCGGAGGGGGAAGGUCAGCCAUGGGGUCUGAGGUGACAAUCGCGCAUUCCGCUCCAGCAUGGUCGGGAAUGGUGUCCCAGGCUCCUGGCACAGAGCAGCAGCCCCAGCCGAUGAUCCCGGCCCUUCUCUCUCUCCUGUUAGGAAGAGCCUUUCUCCUGGAAGGCCCCGGUGCAGCUCGCCAGUCUCCAUGUUCAAGGGUUUAUGUGGGAAUCAGAGCAGAAUGGAUCGGUAUCGGUAUUUCAUCUUUAACCAGAGGAACAUGAUCGUGCUGGGGAUGUUCCAGCUUGCCUUCAGCACCGUCUGUGUCACCUGUGGGUUCAUAGAUGGCAUUUUCAGAACAGAGUCCCAGCUGGGCAAAACCAGAGCUCCAAUUUGGGCUGGCAUGGUGAUGGGAGUCCCAGGUGUCCUGGCUUUGUUCUCCUCGCAGAGGAAGAACCCAGUUCUUGUGAAUGUACUGAUAGUUGCUUCCAUGAUCUCUUGUGUUGCCAUCUUCAUUGUAAUAGCUUAUAGCUCCUUCACACUGAGCUAUGGUGAAGAGGAGGAGCUGAGUUCUGCCCCAGUCCAUGUUGUCCAUACUAGGUUUGUGCUCAGUAGGGUUGUCCAGGGUGCCAACAUCGCCAUGCUGGCCGUGUCCAUCUGCAGUGCCUGCUGUGUGCUGGCCAUGGCUUACCUGGGCUGCCGGAGCCUCCCGCGCUGCUCCUGCUACGACAGCGUCACUGGCAUGGAAUGGUUGCAGCCCAGUGAGGACCAAAAUCAGGCCGUGGAAAUGAUUUGUGCUGUACAAAGCCCUGGGCGGGGAAUUUUUACCUUCACAGAUCGGUUUCCAGCCCAGGAUGCAGAUGCAGAAGAAGACACAUCCAAACCUCCACCAUAUAUCAGAAUGACUUGAAAAAGUGGCUGAACAUUCUGUUCAAAUGUGGCAAGACAGAUGCAAUCAGUUCUUAAUCUUUAGAGGUGGUUAUGCACUUUUCCUUGGCCAUUUGAAAAGCGCACACAGAGUGAACUAGUGAUUGUCUGGCACUGAGCAGAGAUCACAGUGCAGAGGGAAACAUCUGCAGGUGAUUUUGAACUUUCAGAAUUUGUACAGUGAAAAUACCUCAUUGCUUCUGGGAAGUGAGAGCAUUUUUUAGUCCAGCUUUUGUAUUUAAAUCAUGUCUUAUUUCACUAGAAUUCAUCAUGUAAUUUGUGUAGCAGUGCUAGCCUUAGGCAUUUAAAUAUUAAAUACAAUUCCUUUUUCUUCAAAUGCUAUCUCGAUUUCUCCCUCUUACUGCAUGAAUUAUUUGGAUGAUAAUGAAGGACACCCUUCAUCCUUGAGCUUCAGAGUGUUUUCCUUUUGCUCUUGGUAGGAAUGGGGGCAAGUAAAGUUUUUGAUAUGAAACCUUAAUAGUGCCAUUCAGAUACCUCUGUCAAAACAUGGCUUCUGUGGGGUGUACAUGAUUAGUUUUAGCACUGAGGUGUAACUAUAGAAUGUGGCAGGAACUGGAGCUGCUGUGGCUCCUCUUAUAAAGUAACUUGAAUACUCGAAAUUCAGUUCUCAAGUUUUCCUAUUUUGACUUUGUAGAUUGAAAGUUUAAAAGAAAUACUUAUUUUAGGGCCUAUUCUGCUAAAAUGUAUUACAGAUCUAGACAAAGGUGUUUUGUGUAUUUUCUUGAGGGCACCUCUUGUAGUUCCUCUAGACCAAGGAACUACAGCGUCCAGUCAGGUUCCGCCAUAUUGUGAAGUGCACAGAAUUCCCAGAUGUACUUUCUGUUUCACUUUUAGGUGAAUGCCAAGUUUUGAUCUUGCCUGCAGGCCUUGAGCAGGGAGUGGUAGAUGACUUAACCCUUGGUACAGAUUAGCUCAGCAUUUGAACAGGGCCUGGAAAAUAAGUUCCCAUCUCGAGAAAGUGGGCAGUAGGAUAAGUGAUACCCACCAUGAGGCAUGGAACUCCAGGAAUGGUCUCAUAUAAAACUUCUCUAGUUGCAGUAAGUAAGGUGCCUUUUGUGGUCCCAAGAGAAGAGUUGUUAUUGAUUAUUUUCUCUAAAGAGUGAAGUCCUUCUCAUAAUGCUGGUAAAGGGACUCCAAUACCU